AAUACAGAGUUCUGUGAUAUAAUGUUCCGUUUAGAAAACUUAUUUAAUUUCAUUAUUGAAGAACAGUACAUAAAAAUAGUUUUAUAAAAUAAUUCAAAGACCAAGCAUUCUUCUUUUCUCUGCGGUUUCUUAUGGAAGUGAUCUCUUCUUUACUUCAAAACCAUAUUAAGAUAAUUACUUCAUCCGUUUCAAAGAGAUACAUAUUUUAGAUUUUUCACAUAUAUUAAAAACACACAUUAAAAUUUGAUUGUAAAUGCAUUGUUUUUUGUAAAUAACAAUUUUCUAUAAUCUUUAGCCAAUAAAAAUCCAAUAAACACCAUUAACGUAUUUAAAAUUUACAAUUUUUCAUUAAAUAAUACAUUGAAAAAGUAAAAAAAAUGUAUUUUUUUGAAACAAUUUUUUUUCUAGAAUAUGGAUCUUUCUGAAACAGAGAGAGUAUAUAAUAUCAUAAAAUUAUUUUUUAUACAACAGAAACAACUAUUGUACACAAGCAAAAUAUAUCCUAUCACAUAUAUUUUUUCCUCACCUAAAACUUUCUAAAAGACGAAAAUCAUUAUUAUAUACAUCCCUUGCAAAUGCAAACCUAAAACAUAAACCACAAAAUUGUACAAGAAAAUAAUAAACUAUAUCACAAAUAGAGUAUAUAAAUGUGACAUAUUUGAAGUGGCUUGCAUUACGACAAAAGGAUGUAACUAAGAUCAUUAUUGGAUAAUGUUAUCAUGGAAGUGGUUUUAUCAUGUGGUAAAUAGUACUGGUUCAUUUAUAAUUUUACACCAUAAGUCAAAUUUCAUAUCCAAGAAGAAAAAUACAAAUUAUGUAGAUUAGUGGAGAGACAUGAACUUUCAUAAAUUAUAAGUAGCAUUGUCGGAUAUAAAAUCCUCUAUGUAAUAUUUUUAAAUUUGCAUAAUAAACAAUAAUAUAUAUACACAUAUGUAAGAUAGUAUAUAUCCACAAAUGUAAAAAAAAACUCUAUCAUACACUCUCUCUUUUAAAUAGAUGAUGUUUUGAAGUAUUUUGUUUGUUUUAGAUUACAAGUCAUUUCUAUUUUGCAAUUUAAAAUUUUGUUCUUUUAUGCUAUGUAACAUUUUAUAUUUUACAUAUUAUUUUUAUGUUAAAUGAAUUACGGUUAAAUGUUAUUUUUUAGAAAAUAUAUUAAAUUAUAUUUUUUUUAAUAUGUGUGCACAACUAUAAAGCGUUAGAGAAAAAACGAAAAAAUAGUAUUCCUUUGAUUUUGUAUUAGAAGUCGAAUGGAUUAUACCAUUCUACCACUUAUUUAGAAUGUUAUAUUAUUAAAAGUCUUGGACAUCAGUAAAUUAGUGAGUUUUACAAAUUACCAUGUUUUAUAACAGUUUUAAGAUAUAUAAGAACUUAAACUGAUACAAUUAUAGAAUAUUGUGGGAAUGAUUAGGGUCUGUGCCGAGGCAAGCUGUAAAAUCUAAAACUUCAAUAAUUUUAACUGGAAAACAUAUUUUCUAUGCUUCUUAGAUUUGAGUCCAAUGUAUUUUAAGAUUUAAGAUAAAUAGAAUUCAAUUUUAUGCAUUUAUCCGACUUUACAUUUACAGGAAUAAAAUAAUUAUAAAAAUAUUUAGAAAAUUUAUGCUCAUAUCUUUUUUGGUUAACAAUGAACAAAACAAUGUAAACAGUUAUGAAAGAUAAUUAAAUUUGAAUAGCCAAAAAAACAACAUAAUUUAAAUAUACUACUAACUAUUAAAGAUAUUUAAUCAAAACAUUAAUAAAGACACAUACUAAUAAAACCAGUAAAUACUAAGUUGCAAAACAAUUUUUAAAUCUUUGUUGAAAUGGGAAAAUUUGUCAUUUUCUUAUAAUAUAAUAAUUAAAAUACAUAUAAGUAAAAUAACUUAUCAAUACCAAAUUAAAAAUAAUUUUGGUCACAUAGUUUAUCAUAGUUUUAAAUUGGUAGAAAAGGAAGUUCUUAAUUUUUAAUUGUGUGAUACAAUGAUAAAUACAUUAGAAGAAUAUAAAUAUUUUUAAACUAUUAGAUAAUAAAAAUAAAAUUAAAUACAGAAAAUGGAACAAAAUAAUUUACAUAGCAAUAAAAUUGAAAAUAAACUUAAAGAUAAAUAAUCCGCGCGUAGCGCGGAAAAAGAACCUAGUAAUAAUAAUAAUAAUAAUAAUAAAUUAAUAUAUACGUAUUCAAAACUUGAAAAUAUCUCAGUUAGCAUUUUAUUUUUGAGAAUUUUGAUAUGAGAUAUCAUGAACGGAAGCGCUUUAAUAUUGUGUAACCAUGUGGACCGCCGGACCAUAUAUAUGUAUAUAAUUAAUCGAUUGAUUCAUUUGUCAAAACGUUAAUCAAAGUAACGUGAUUUGGUCAACUGUAUAUACACGUGGCUUCUCAUUGUGGCAAAUUAUCCAUCAUGCGCAACAGCGCAAGCAACGCCAUAGCUAGAUUUCGACAGAUUAUAGCCUAAUAUAGCAUUAACACCUAAACCUUAUUCUUAAUUUUUAUUUAGAAUUACUUAUUUAUUCUUUCGUUCAAUGGCAUAAUCUCGCACCUUUUAAGUUAUAACGAUUUCAUUCGUAGUUAGACCCGAUAGAUUCUUCAAUCUCAAACGCCGAGACAAAACCCUAAUUAAUACUACGGGGUCUUUUACGUUAUUAAAUUCAAUUUCUUUAAAUAAUCACUAAACAUAGGUUAUGUCGCUUAUGAGACCUCCGAAAGAAAUGAUUAUGAAAGAGUUAACUAUAUUUUAGUAUAUGUGUGAUGUUCCAAAUCAUUUGGAUCGAUAAGAAUAAGAUGAGUAAUUAUAUCAUUUUAUGAUGCUUGCAUUAGAUUUAGUAAUCCGUGGCAUGUACUCAAUAAUAUAUAUUUGAAAGUGAUAAGACUAUUCCCUCAAUGCGAAUUAAAUAUUCACAAAUCUACUGCUGUUCAUAAUUAUUUGAAGGUUAUGAUAAAUAAUUAAUCUAUGCGUAUGUAUUAUUUAUAGAGUGGAAUACUUUUUUAUCUCAGUUACAAAAAAAAAUACUUUUUUUUAUUUUUAUGCUUUCUUUGGUAAGAUAAUAUGAAAGAAAACACAACGUCUAUUUGUAUUUUAACUACGUCCCCAAUACAAUUGUCGUUGUGUGCUGUGCUGGUUUUUCUAUAUUCAUAUUUGGCACAUGAAAUUCAACAUCCAGAAAAUCAAAAUUUGUAUGACAAUAAAAGAGUGAACACGAGUCGGUUAACUAGUGGUUCAUACUAGCAGCCAAUGGUCCUCACAUCAUGCCAUGCAAAAUGUACCAAUAGUUUAUUUUAUUUAGCUGAAGUGAAUGACGAUAUUACCCUUGAUUCAGCACCUGAGCUUCUUCUUUUUUGACAGCCACGUGAGCUUCCUUGCAAAGUGAAUCAAUCGUAUUUUCCUGGAGCCGGCUGUUUACGCGCCUCAGAGAAGGAGAGUCCUGGAGCCGGCUGUUUAGACGCCUGAGCGAAGGCUUCUCCAUUUUUCCGUCGCCCAUUCGUUAAAAACAGAAGACCUUACUCUUUAUGAUUUGAUUUAAAACAUACAAGAAAAUUAAUUGAGUAAUAACAUACUUUGUUAUAUCUAUAUUUUUUAUAUUCAAAAUACCAUAGUAUAUAGCUACUAAUGUGAGGUUAAAGAGAGCUACUAAGUAUCAUACAUAGUAUAUAUAUAUCUCGAUCCGCAAAGAGUUGGGGCGUGUAAGUUAAUUGUAAUCUGCGACGUGUAUGUAUGUUGUUCUUGUUAUUAUUAACUACCUUUGUAAAAGUGGAAAAAUUAGUCCAAAUGAGAAAAAAACAUGAUAUGAGACUGAGUUGAAGUUGAGAGGGAUGAACGAACGUGGUAUCUUCAUGUUGGCAACAGCUAAUGUGAUACCUUCUCACAAAACUUGGAGAGCGACGCUCUCUACUCAAUUUUUCACCUUUUUGAUUGUGUUACUUUCAUUAUCAUAAUUUAUUAAAAAAUAAAUUCAUAAGAUCAUUAUUUAUAUUUUAUCUAACUAAUAAAGUUAUAACAACAAUACACCUAUGCGUUAACAAAGCUGUGAACUAACUACUUCCUUAUAUUGCAUGUGAAAGUACCAUAAAAUUGCAAUUUUCCUUUCUUAAUAGUAUACUAAUACGUAUGGGUUAACCCUGCAUAAUUUCUUUCGUACAGGGUUAACUCAUACGUAUUAGUAUACUAUUAAAAUUGCGAUCAUGAUGAAUAGUAACAACAAAACUGCAUAAUUUCAACGUUGCAGCGACUUUACGAGUUAUCAAAGUUUCAAUAUAACAAGAAUUUUCAUUCAAAAAAACUAUAUAACAAAAAAUUGCUUAUAAUUAAGCUUAAUGACACUUUUAUAAUAAUUUUAAAUAACAAACUGCUGAUCACCGUUCCAUCAAAGGUUUAGUAAGUUCAAAUAUAUAAAAUCAAGAGGAAAAACAUGAUAAUAUAUGUUUUCAAGAAGAAUAUUUCACAAUCCCUUUUUGUAACAUGUUAACAUGUUCUUUUGGGCCGAGUUUGAAUUUGCUUAUAGUGUUUAUUUACAGUUUUUUAAGAAUUUGUUUUUUAGAUUUUCAUAAAAAUAUCCCCAAACGAAAAUCAAAUAUCAUAUGGAGAUUAUACAUGUAGAGCGAAACACAACAAUUUAUUUUUAAAUUUUAACUGUAUGCAUGUGCUUUUCAUCUAGACUUUUACAAGUUUCCAAAUAAUAUAUCGUAAAAUUCUAUUAUGAUAAAUGUCCUGUACCAUUUUGUAAAUAACAUGUAAGCAUAAAAACAAACUCAAAUUCAAAAGAAAAGCCAAUAGAAAGGCAUGUGUACUUGUCUACUUCUGAUAUGAAGACCACAAAUGUAAAAAAUAACAAAAAGCAUAAUAAAUAGAUAAAAGAUAGUUUAUAAUUUCGUUUUAAAUAAAAAGGACACGUAUACCAAUCGGGAAACAGAGGACGGCACCGAACCAUUUUGAAUUCCCCUCUUCUUCAAUCCCUUAUAAAUACUUUGUACGUCCCCUUACGGACCCUAUGACCUUUGUCUCUCUCUCCUCUAUUAAUUUCCUUAAAGCUCUCUGAUUAGCUAAUUAUUGUUAAAGCCUGUUGACCAAUUUUGUGAUUAAUAAUUAAUCAUCAAGAUUCAAGACAAAAUCAUAUGGGAAGAUCACCUUGUUGCGAGAAGAACGGGCUCAAGAAAGGGCCGUGGACGUCCGAAGAAGACCAGAAGCUCCUUGACUAUAUCCAGAAACAUGGAUAUGGUAACUGGAGAACCCUUCCUAAAAAUGCUGGUUUGCAGAGAUGUGGCAAGAGUUGCCGAUUAAGGUGGACUAACUAUCUCCGACCAGAUAUAAAGCGAGGAAGAUUCUCCUUUGAAGAAGAAGAAACAAUUAUUCAUCUUCAUAGCUUUUUAGGAAACAAGUGGUCUGCUAUUGCGGCGCGUCUGCCUGGAAGAACAGAUAACGAAAUCAAGAACUUCUGGAAUACACAUAUAAGAAAGAAACUACUUAGAAUGGGGAUCGAUCCAGUGACUCACAGUCCGCGACUCGAUCUCCUCGACGUCUCAUCCAUCUUAGCAUCAUCUCUACACAAUUCUUCUUCAGAUCAUUUGAAGAUGUCAAGACUCAUGAUGGAUGCUCAUCGUCAGCAUCAACAACAACAACCAUUGAUUAACCCCGAAAUACUCAAGCUCGCUACCUCUCUCUUCUCUCAAAACCACAACCAAAACUUCGUGAUGGAUCAUGAAUCCAAAAUCCAUGAUAACCACACGGCUUAUCAUCAUGAUGUUAACCAAAUAGGAGUAAAUCAAUACCAGACCGACCAUCAAGAACUCCAGUAUUGCUUGCCACCAUUCCCCAACGAAGCUCACUUUAACGAUAUGGAUCAUCACGGAGAACAUACGUUUGCUUCAAACUCGAGUACGUCGGUCCAAGAUUGCAAUAUUCAGCCGUUCAACGACUAUGCAAGCUCUAGUUUUGUAUUAGACCAUUCUUAUUUAGAUCAGAGCUUCAAUUUUGCUGAUUCGGUCUUGAACACGCCAUCCUCGAGUCCAAGUAUGUUAAACUCCAGUGCCAUGGCUUACAUCAACAGUAGCAGUUGUAGCACUGAAGAUGAAAUGGAAAAUUAUUGCAAUAAUCUCAUGAAAUUUGAUAUUCCCAAUUUCUUGGACGUCGAUGGUUUUAUUUUAUGAUUUCAAGAAACUAAAUAAAAUCCAUUAGGAUAUAUGGUUUUUUUUAUUAUUGUUUCAGGUACUUUGUAAUUUUAAGAGUUUUUAUAUUGAAAUUUGUUUACAUGUAAAAUACUAUUUGUUCUUGUUUUUUUUUAUUCUGUAGAGAUUAUAUUAAUACUAUUUUUAGUAAUGGAAUUUCCAUAAUUGAUAUCCACUAUUUAUUUAAAUAUUCAUUUUUGGUCGGCUUCACUUCUAAAUAUGCAUUGUAGUCUCCUGAGUCCUGUCAAUAUUAUAUUUGAAUCAAUGAUAUAAUUGAUAUGAGGUGCUAAAAUUUCCUGACAUAGACAUAUAAUAAAUACUCCUUCUAAAUUAAAAUCAUUGACUUAUGUCAUGUUCCCUAAAGGUAUUAAUGGAAACGUAAGAGCCCAAACAAAUGUAGUCCAAAUGAUACCAUAUACCCUGUCAAAAUUUAUUAUUUAUUUUUCUGUGAUCAUAAAUCCACCACAUAUAUUCCCAGCAAGAUUCUUCAUUAAUACUCCUUCCCUCUGUUUCAAACUAUUUAUCGUUCUAAAAAAAUUAUCACAAAAUAAGCGUUAUUUUAAAGUUUCAAGAAAAAAAUUAUUAACCUUAAUUUUUUUUAAUUUUUUAUUGGUUGAAAUAUAGUUAUGUGUAUAGGUAGUGAUAUAUACAAAAUUAAGUAUUUUCUUAAUUUGUGUGUUUCUAACCUUAAUCUCUUAUUAAUUUUUUUAUUAGUUGAAAUAUGGUUAUUUGUAUAGGUAAUGAUAUUUUUCUAUUAAAAAUUUUACAAAAUUAAAUAUUUUUUAAUUUGUGUGUAGAAACCUAAAGCGCCAAUUAAAUUAAAACGGAUGAAGUACUGCUUUUCAUUAGUUACAAAUUGGUAAUAUUUCAAAUUAAUUAAUUAGUGAUUCUAGAGGCAUUUCCUUUUGUAUCAUCUCUAUGGGGCUAAUUAAGUGUCACCGGAGGCUGCUAGUAAUUUGUAAUGACAUAUAACUUUUUAUAAUUAAAGAAAAUUAUCAUAAUUAUAAUUUGAGUUUUCGUUCAUAAAAUCUAAUAUGUAAAGAUUAAUUUAUUUGCAUACGCUUUUGUUUGUCAACGAUUCACAAUUUUUUUUUUCAAAAUUUUAAUUAGAGUUAGAGUGAAAUUUUGUGCUAAAAAUAUUGUAAUGUGGCAAUACCACUUACAAGCGGAUCCAAGCAUUUAAAUAUUCGUUUUUUGAAGUUCAAAUUUAUAAAAACACACACAACACAAACACUUAGAAUGAUAGUGAAAUAUGUAUAUUAGCUUAUUUAAUUUUUCUUAAAACAUUUUAAGAAAGAAAAACAAAAUUUUACAACAGUGUUACCUAAUUAUUAUAAAUAAAUGAGUAAUUGAGAAGUCUGGAAAAUAAGAACACAUAGUUUAUAUAUUACUAGGAAUCAUAUGAGCUGUUAUUUCCUGACUGCUGGAUUGUCAAUUUGUGUAUGAGCUGUAAUUUAUUUUUUAAUAAGGAAUCAUAAAUAGAACUAUAUAAGCUACUACACAUUUUUUUGCAGUGUUUUGAAACUCGAUCCGAACCCGUUGAACUUGUAAAUCCAGUGACCCAAUAUAAAUCCGGUUUGAAUUUUGUAAAAAAACCAAUAUUUAAAAUCCACUAAAACCCGGAACCCGAUACUGGUUGAACCAUUGGUUGAUCCAGUAUAUAAUUUUUACAGUUUAUUACAUUGAUGUUUUACUUUUGGUUUAUUUUGGAUUCAAAGUUUAAUUUAUUAUUCACAUUAAACAUUUAAAAAUUUAUGAACUUUAAGUGUUGAUAAAAAAAUUAGAUAUCAUAAUUCUUAAUUUGUUACAAAAAAAAAUUAAUAGUCUAAACUAUUUUUGAUAUUCUGUAUGUCAAAUGAAAAUAAAAAUAUAAAAACUAAAGUUAAGUAUUUUCUAAAUAUUUUUUAAAUAUAAAAUAUAUACAUAUCCAAACUAUUAUUUUAUGUUUAAAAACAUUUAGAAAAUACUUAGCCUUACUUUCUAUAUUUUUAUUUUUAUAACUAAAGUAAUAUUAUGUAGUAAAAUUAACGCAUUUAUCAAUCUGCGGUUUACCUACAAUCGACACAAUGAUCCGGUGACUCAAGAAGUCAUCCAGUUCGGUGUCUGGAUCGGAUUUAAAAAUAUUGCAUUUUUGUAAUACAUGUAGAAGAGAGACCCACUCAAACCCGAAACCGGCGAGAGUCGCCGGCCGCGUGCAGUGCACAUGCAUAAGAUGUCAGUCAUCUUUUGUAUUACGUGUAGAAGUUAAAGGAGUCAUUAACUACUGUUUCAUGGGAUUACAGAAAGUAUAUAGUGAUCUCACGAUACGUGUCAAAACAGUGACGAAUGACGAUGAACUGGCAUGUAAUUAAGUCAAAAAGGAAAGCCUCCUUAUUAUUGAAAUCACGGUUUAAGUUUUUUUUUGUAAUCGCUUUACACGCGUAGGUAUCAGUCACCAUUUAACAUAGAGCAGACGUGGAACAUACUUAUGUGUUGUGUGUUAUUUCUUGACUGCUGGAUUGUCCAUUUAAUUUGUCCCUAAGCACUUUGUUUCUUUCUUGUAAUUUUUUAGAAAAAAGUAAAAUAACAAUGAUACUUUGUGAUCUGAAUAAAUGCUGUGUUGUGAUUUUGACAUAUGAACGUGUUUUCAUAUGUAUUGUUUUUCAGUGGACUCUCCAAAAGGUAUACAUUUAUCUUUGUCAACUAUUUUUUGCUGUAUAUUUGACGAUGACUUUUUGGCGAUUCUGUUCUUCUUGUAGAGACCCUAAUGAUUUUCUGAUCACUUUUAUAGUUUUUUCUUUGGUAAUCCACUUUCGUAGUUAUAAAGCAAAGUCUUAAGUUUUUUGUUUGUGUGUUAAAAGUACAUAAAUCUAAACAGCACGUGUUAAAGAAAUACUUUGCAGUUUAUAAUUAUCCCUUUGUAAGAUGGAAAUUAUAGGCUAGAUGUCUUUAUAUAAACCAGAUUAAACGACGUUUUAAGUUGUCUGCAAAAAUGGUUAGAACUUAACUAAGAUCAUUACCAAGUUCUAGUUUUCAAGGUUAACUUUUUUUUCUUUUUGUUUGUUGCUUCGUUUAACAUUUCACUUAGAUAAGGCCGUGGAGUAUAUAUCAAAGCAAUCUAUUGACCAAAACAAACAAUCAGACAAAGUCUACAAAUUAUUGUAAUUAAGCAAAAUUUGGGCGGUUGCGUAUAUGAAUUUAAGAUCCAAAGCAAAAAGGUGAGUUUUGUUUUACAUGCUCAUGGCAAACAACAAAACGUGGUUUUUCUUUCGUGGGGAUGUGUUGUGUUUAUAUGUAGCCAGCCACUUGACCACUAAAAACAAAAACUUAUAGUCAAAUUUGGACGUUCAAAGGGCUUACCUAAUUUAAUUCCCUCCUAAAUUCAAUUUGUUAUUUUUCACCUAAGUUUUCUAGACAAUAGCCAA